GUCAUAAUCAUCUCCCCAAGAAAAACACAAAAUGCCAGUUUCUACAACCACUUUCACUUCCAUGUCUAUCUCCCAUUUCUCAAUGAAUCAAGUGUUGGGAAGUGGAGAGGAAGAGAAGUUAACCCAUGAGUGCAAGGAAUUGCUGCUUUCAAUUCCUAGAGAGAGAGGUUGGAGAACUCCUUAUAUCUAUCAAUUUCAGGGCUUUUGGUGCCAGCCAAAGGAGAUCCAGGCUAUUUUGUUGUUCCACAAACACUUCCAAGCAAGAGAGAGUGAUAUUAUUCUGGCUACAAUACCAAAAUCAGGCACCACUUGGCUAAAAGCUUUGGCUUUUGCCAUCCUGAACCGCAAGCAAUUUCCUGCAUUCUCAAAUAACCAUCCCUUGCUUGUUUCCAAUCCUCAUGAUCUUGUUCCUUUCUUUGAGUACAAACUUUAUGCAAAUAACCAAAUUCCUGACCUCUCAAAGUACCCUGAACCUAGAACUUUUGCCACUCAUAUUCCAUUUCAAUCCUUGGAAGAAUCCAUCAAAAAAUCCAACUGCAAAAUUGUUUAUAUUUGUAGAAACCCUUUUGACACUUUCAUCUCCUCAUGGAUUUACUGUAACAAGCUGAGGGCGGAAACUCUUCCUCCAUUGCUACGAGAAGAUUGUUUCAACAUGUAUUGCAAUGGGGCUAUUGGGUUUGGUCCAUUUUGGGACCAUAUGUUGGGGUACUGGAAGGAGAGCCUAGAAAGACCAGACAAAGUUCUGUUCUUGAAGUAUGAGGACAUGAAAGAAGACACUUCAUUUCACUUGAAGAAACUAGCCAAGUUUCUUGGUUGCCCAUUUUCAAUGGAAGAAGAGAAGGAAAGAGUGAUUGAGGAUAUAGCCAAACUUUGUAGCUUUGAGAAAAUGAAGAAUUUGGAGGUGAACAAAUCUGGCAAGUCCAUUAUGAACUUUGAAAAUAGACACUUGUUUAGGAAAGGUGAGGUUGGAGAUUGGAUGAAUUAUUUGUCCCCUUCAAUGGUGGAGCAACUGACCCAAGUUAUGGAGGAAAAAUUAGGUGGUUCUGGUCUUGAAUUCAAGUUGAUAUCCUAAAACAGUAAGUACUCUCUUGAUAGCCAUGAUAGAUUGCAGCUUCUAUUUGGGUAAUGAAUGAUAUGCACAUGCGUGUGUGGGGACUAUAUGGAGUGGAAUGUUGUCCAGUGUAUAUACUAUGUGGAGAAUGUAGAAUAAAAUAA